AGUUAGGUCCAGUUUCAGGUUCCAGCUGAACUAGCCUGAGGAAUCUUUUUCGCUCCUGUUGCAAGACUAAAGUGAAGAUAAAUCAUUUCUUAUUCUGCCUUUGACUUUGAUUUUUGGAUACCGGUGGGCUCAUUUUCCCUAUGGAAAUCAAGCAUUAUGGCUGAUGACACAGAGACUAAGCAUGGAGGAAACAAGAAUGGAAAGAAAGAAAGCCUCUCUGGAAGCUCAUUUUUCACCUGGUUUAUGGUAAUUGCUUUGCUGGGAGUUUGGACAUCAGUAGCAGUUGUUUGGUUUGAACUCGUAGAUUAUGAAGAAGUUCUAGCCAAAGCAAAGGAUUUCCGUUAUAACUUGUCAGAGGUACUGCAAGGGAAACUUGGUAUUUAUGAUGCUGAUGGAGAUGGAGAUUUUGAUGUAGAAGAUGCUAAAGUUUUGCUAGGCCUUAAAGAAAGAUCUGUCCCAGCACAGACAACAUCAUCAGACUCCGAGGACCCCAGUCAGCCUGCUGAACCAUUUGUCGAAACAGAGCACAAGAAUGCUGAAAUAGAGUUGGAAGAGGAAAUUCACUCUGUUCUUCAUGAMGCUUUGCAUUUGCAGUCUGGGGAGAGACAUGAAGAUGUACAUGAAAGCAUACAUGAUCGGUGGCGAGCAAGGGGAGACAUACAUGAUGAAGCUUUUGAAACUCCUGCAGCAGAUGAUUUGCAUGGAGAGUUAGAAAAUGAAAUUCCAGAACAAUAUGAGUUGCCAGACUCCAACCAGAAAGACACUGAUGUUUUAGCAGAUGAUCUUGGAGCAGUGGACCCUGAAACAUACGAAGUUCCAGUUUCAUAUGAAUAUGAUAUGGGUGGGGAAAACACAGAAAGGGAACCAGAAGCACCAGGUGACACUGAGCUAGAGCUAGAAAACGCUAUUGAACAUCUUACAGCUGUUGAGGACGCUCCAGAGGAGCUAUAUGAAGUUGUAGAGCCAGUUUCUACUGCAGARGAAGUUAUUGAGGUUUUGGAAAUUAAUGAAGAGCCAGAAAGCAAACCUCCUGAAGAUAGAGUGGCCGGUGAGCCUGAAGAAUCAGAAUUGCCUGUUGAAGUUGAGGAUUAUUCAAAUGAUAAUCUAGUGGGAAAAAGUGAAAAAGAAACUGAACAAGAAAUAAAAGAUAAAGCUAAAAAGAAGAAGAAGCCAAAGCUCUUAAACAAGUUUGAUAAGACCAUUAAAGCUGAACUAGAUGCUGCAGAAAAAUUACGUAAAAAAGGAAAAGUUGAAGAGGCUUUAAGGGCCUUUGAAGCAUUAGUGAAUCAGUACCCACAGAGUCCUCGAGCAAGAUAUGGAAAAGCACAGUCUGAAGAUGACUUAGCUGAGAAAAUGCGGAGUAAUGAGAUGUUGCAACAAGCCAUCAACACCUAUGAUGAGGUGGCUAGUCUACCAAAUGUGCCUUCAGAUCUGAUGAAGCUGAGCUUGAAACGAGAAGCAGACAGGCAGCAGUUUCUUGGUCGCAUGAGAGGUUCUCUGGUUACUCUGCAGAAAUUAGUUCAGCUYUUCCCCAGUGAUACUUCCUUCAAGAAUGACCUUGGAGUUGGUUACCUCUUGAUGGGAGAUAAUAGCAAUGCCAAGAAAGUAUAUGAAGAGGUUCUAAGCCUUGCUCCAAAUGAUGGCUUUGCCAAAGUACAUUAUGGCUUCAUCCUGAAGGCAGAAAACAAGAUAGCAGAAAGCAUUCCCUAUCUAAAGGAAGGACUAGAGUCUGGUGACCCUGGCACAGAUGAUGGACGCUUUUAUUUUCAUCUAGGUGAUGCCUUGCAGAGGAUAGGAGACAAAGAGGCAUACAAAUGGUAUGAACUUGGAUACCAAAGAGGUCACUUCGCAUCUGUGUGGCAGCGCUCCCUCUACAAUGUCAAGGGACUUAAAGCUCAGCCUUGGUGGACAGCAAGGGAAACUGGUUAUACAGAGCUGGUGAAGUCCUUAGAAAAAAACUGGAAGCUCAUUCGGGAUGAGGGGCUUGCUGUGAUGGAUAAAAAAAGAAGCCUCUUCUUACCUGAAGAUGAGAAUCUACGAGAAAAGGGAGACUGGAGUCAGUUUACCUUAUGGCAGCAAGGAAGGAAAAAUGAGAAUUCUUGUAAGGGUGCUCCAAACACAUGUGCUUUACUGGAAAGAUUCCCGGAAGCUACCGGUUGCAGAAGAGGACAGAUCAAGUAUUCUGUCAUGCAUCCAGGGACUCAUGUCUGGCCUCACACAGGGCCCACCAACUGUAGACUAAGGAUGCAUUUGGGCUUGGUGAUACCUAAAGAAGGCUGCAGAAUUCGGUGUGCCCAAGAGAACAGAACCUGGGAAGAAGGGAAAGUCCUUAUCUUUGAUGACUCUUUUGAACAUGAAGUAUGGCAGGAUGCUGAAAGUUAUCGCCUGAUAUUCAUUGUUGAUGUGUGGCACCCUGAGUUAACAGCACAGCAGAGACGCACGCUUCCUGCUAUUUAAGGAGCUGCUUCUGAUGUGAAGAACAGAGGAGCUUUGGAUGAUUCAGAUAGAAUCACAAAGGAUUAACUUGUCCAACGUAUGGUAAAUACUAGUAUUUUAAGAAGCAGAAGGUAUAAAAAAGACAUUCCUCAGUGACAAAGGACUUAAUUUGAACAAGUUAUUUUGUUUCACACUGAUUCAGCACUGAUAUGAUAGUAUUGUUUUGCUGGCUGCAAGUCCCAAAAUACUCUUGUCAGCCUGAGAGCAGCAGGUCUGGAUUUUCAAGCUGUGGAAUGUGCAGAUGUUKUUGUCGUGCCUAUGCGAUCUGUACAAAAACAAUUGGUCAGCCGCAGGCCCAGCCAUGUUCAGACACCAGAUUUGCAAUUCUACAUUCUGGAGAUAUUUACCAGGAUUUUAUCUCUUUUGCCAAUGUGCAUAAUAUUUAUAAACAUAUGCACACGGUCAACUUUGAAAAUCAGUUAGGCAGUUAACAUUACAACUGCUUUAGGCUUAAAACAUGUCCAUAUACUAUCAACUGUGGAUAAUGUGAAUGGGUUGUGUGUUUCUGUAUUUUUAUACCUGAGUAACUGUAUUUUUCUAUCUUAAUUAUGAAUAGAUUUUCUGCUUUAAUCAACCACUAUUUUUAGAAAACAAUAUAGAUAUGAGUGCCCCUCUAGCUAUUAGCAAAAGUGUACUGUAUUUGAGUAGAUUUCAUUUUUGCCAAAUGUGGCCUUAUCUUGCCUUCCUGGAAGUGCAAUCAGAACUUGCAUUAUCAGCUUCCUAGUGAAGUUUUGUUUUUCUAAAGCAAAGCAGUUCUCUCUAGUUAGCAGGCAACCUUCAGUUUUAGAAUGUGAUUUUGGAAGAUGGUAAGCAAAGGUGACAACUGUAGAUGCAGAUCUGAAACUACUUGAGGGAACUGAGGAUUUUAUGGUGAACUGCUGUUCCUCCUAUCGUUGCUACAGUUUGUGUUAUAGUAACCCUUUUCUAGCCAGCCAAACUUUGAGGCUUCUCUUUUGAGGGGCUCUUUCUAGGCUGACCUUGGGUGGUUGCUCAAAGGAAAAAAAAAAAAAAUCUAGGAAGAACUUCUUGAGCCAAGAGCAGAUGAACAAGGUUGGUUUGGAUUCCUGUUAGGGUGCAGAGCAGAAAAAGAGCUCAAGAAGCUUUUCUUGAGGUCUUAGCUUGUAUUCUGCUGCCAGCAUCCUACCUCUGGUGUAGUGAUCCCUUAAAUGAGUUAACUUGCGCUUGCUGUCUUGAAAUAUAUGAAAAAAUACUGAAGUAAUUUUAUCCUAGGACAGUUUACAGUAUAUUUUGUAUUUGGUAUCUUGGUAAAAUGGCCUUAAUUUCAAGMUAGAAAUUUGCUUGGACAUGUAAGCAGUUUUCUGGCCUUUGAGCGUUGUGCUGUUUUGUGGGAGACAGAGGGCACAGGCCCCUCAGCUGUUGACACUAACAGGGAAGAGAGACCUGAGGUUGCACUGAUGAAGUUUAUGGCAGGCUCUUAUCUACCCUUGUGCCAAACCAGCCACAUGUGGACAGCCAUGAAGAGCAUUGCCAACCUGAGGCACCCUUACUGAGGGCCAGUGAGAGACAGGAACCAAGCAAGGAGCCAGAGAGGUUACCUACAGUCUCUGCAGCUUUGGCUUUGUUGUUCAAAAAGCUCUGAAUUGUUAGUAGUUUCAUACUGCUAAGAAACUAUGUCAUGGUACCUGAGUAUCAUAUGCACUACAGCAUACUACAGAACAGAAAGAAUAACAUUGGCUGAUGCAAAUGCAGACAAGAGCUUUGCAUUCCCAUAAACUAAAUGUAUUUUAUUAAGUAAUUAAAUCUUGUAAUGCCACAGAACACAUGGUAAUUGUGCCAUAAAUUGCUGUAGCCAGUUUCUGGAGGUGUGCACUUUAAUUUCCUUUUUGACUGUUAAAAAUAAAUGACAGUCUUAUAAACCCUCUCUGAUCAAGAGUCAGUUUUAGAUAGCUAUGAUAAUAAGACUUUAAUGUGUUGUCUCUAUCAAAAAUUACACUGAAACCAUCAUCUGCCAAAAGGAGCAAGUCCAAGUUAAUUGUCUUAAGAACUGUAAAGAUUGACAUGAGUUUUGAAAAUAUAAAAAUACUUUUGGAAAGCUUUAGGAGAUUUAGAUGCAAAACUGGAAAUAAGGUACUUACUACUUAUGGUAAAAAAUAAAAGUCUCUCCAUCACAGUUUAGUCAGAGAUUGUGUUUUGUAUCUCUGCAAAGUGAUCAAGCAGUACAAAUUAUGAAUUAUUUUGUAAUUCUGUAAAACAAAGACAUGGUUUGUAAAGAAUGAAUCAAAAUGUUUAAAUCAAAAUGUGUGUUUUAGGAAUAUUUGUAUUAAUAAUGUUUUGUAGUUUCUAUAGCUCACGCUAAACACUUCUUAGCAAAGUAGUGGUAAACAUUUUGAAGCUUUAUUUAUAAAGAAACUCAUGCUGUGCUUCAGAUUGUUGUGCCUCUGAAGUCUUCUAUUUCAUCUUUUCAGAUUGCAACUGGCAAAUAGAUCAAAGCAAUCUGUGCAAGAUGUGU